UUUAUGAUAUUUGAAUAUAUGUGAGAAUAUUUGAUGUGCCUAUGGUAUUUUAAGCUUAAUUAUUUUCCUUACAUUCCAAUUCCAGCAAGUCUCAUUUGCUAAAACACAAAAAGAAACCUACCAACGUAGGGUUUUUCUUCUCAAUCAUCAACAAAUAUAUUUGGAUCAACAAACAUGAAUUAGUGAGUUGCAAAGUUGAUUCAUAGGAUUCUCCGAGAAAUAAUUGGCUUUCUUGGAUCUUGGAAACAAGAGUUGGCUAGUAGCAUCUGUCCAAUCGUUGAAGAUAUCUUGGAAGAAAGUACUUCUUAAGCUUCAUCCUCACCAAUGGAAACAAUAUAGUAACUAGAAGAAGAAAAUUGUGGAUAAAUGGCUGAGAGAAUUUGCAUAUGUGAUGAAGACAAGAGUGAAGGUAGUAGCAGUAUCGACGCGAAACCCUCUUCUGCAAGUCGAAGAAAAUGUUCCUUCUUCGACUUAAACGAAGAGGUGGUGGAUGAUGGAGAUGACAAUGAAAUGAUACUAAUUAGUGAUAGCCAUUGUGGUGAGAUAAUUAGCAACAAUGACAUAUCAUCACAAGAAGAGAAUUUGAGUAGCAAUAAUAAUAAUAAUAAUUGUAGUGAAGAAGGAAAAGGGCGUGGAAGUACGGUUAGGCAAUAUGUUAGGUCCAAAAUGCCUAGGCUUCGUUGGACUCCUGAUCUUCAUUUAGCUUUUGUGCAUGCUGUUGAGAGGCUUGGAGGACAAGAAAGAGCAACUCCAAAGUUGGUUCUCCAGUUGAUGAAUGUAAGAGGACUUAGCAUUGCACAUGUGAAGAGUCAUUUGCAGAUGUAUCGAAGUAAAAAGCUUGAUGCGUCCGGCCAAGUUUUAUCCCAAAAAAGGACAAUACAAGGAAGACAUCAUCACAUUUUGGAUAUGUAUGGAAGAUUUAAUGUAGAAGGACAGUUUGGGGUUGACAAUAAUUAUUUGAACCCAUCGUCUCCACUAAUGAAACAACCAUAUAAUGAAAUCAAAGAUCACGGCGCUUCAAGAUUUCAUCAGAGUGGACUUUUCAACAAUCACAUGAUCUUAAGAUCAAGUUCAGGGUGGGACAAAGAUUUCUAUAAGACAAGUUCUCAUCUAUUUGAUGUAAAGGAUGCAAUAACAAGAAAUAAUGGAAGCCAAGUAAGGCAAUUACUACCUCAAGGAAGUGAAAAUCAAGAAUUUAUAAGUUUAUCUAAGGAUGGCCAUAAUGCACAACAUUUUCCAUGGAGCACCUAUUCUAACUCUAUCAAUAAACAACAUUAUCAACCUACUUCAUGCAGUCCUGUCUUCAAGAUGUUUGGUGCCGAGGUACAUGAUAAAAAAGAUAAAAUGCAAGAAUUCAUACACCAAACUCAAGUAUCAAAGCAAAGUGAUGUCAAAGCCCAACUAAAAAGAUUGAAUGACAAAAAACAAUUGCCAAGUUUCCUAGAGCUAAAGCUAAGUCAAAAUUCAGAAAAUGUCAAGGAAAAGACAAAUGUGGAUCCAGAAAGUGAACAAGAAACCAAUACAAUGCUUUCUCUUUCAUUGUUCUCUUCCUCAUCCUCAAAUUCAAAGUGACAUUGAGAAACAAGAUUAGUGAAAAAUACAUAGAAAGUACCAUGGUUGAGAGAUUGAAAAUGUUUACAACAUUGUGCAUCAACAAGUCAUUUGGGCUAAGUACUUGAGAUCUGACCAUGUCAAAAUUGAGCAUAGGAGUGAGAUCUUUUAAGUACUUGCUUUAUCGGACAACAAAUAUGCAUGCAAAGGCCUUUGUGGAUUUUUGAACAAAUUAAUUUAAUUUGAGAAUUUCUCAUCUCACUCCCAAUGUUCUCAUAAACCCCUUAAAAGUUCAAAAAUAUGUCUACCAAAUCGAUCAAUCUAUUAGUAAAAAUUGUUAGUUUUCAGAA